AUGAAUUUAAAAGAACCUCGACGUAAAAAACGUCCGUAUUAUCCUCAGCAGUCUCCUUUUCCAAUAAAUAUUGGUAAAAAUGAUCAAUGGCAUGUUUACACAGCACAUCUAGGUGUUGCCGGUGCUUGUAUUGCUGAUCCUGAUGAAAUGAAAUCCGUCCACACCAUGGGUUAUUUUGGUAAAGGGUCACUGUCAAAGUCAAUACCAAAGUUUGGAGCCAGACGUUUCGGAGCACCACCGAUAGUUCGUGAUCGUCAGUGGAAACGCCGCCAGGAAUGGCUGGAGGAAGUGAAACAAUUGUCCAUAUUCCCACUAGAUAUUAAGCAGGAGGAGGAGUUGAUAACUCUGGACAGUGAUACUGCAGAAGCAGGCGAGUCUUCGCAAGCAAACAAAAAUGACGAGCCCAUGGAAAUUUCAAUUGAUCUAGACGACGAUCCGAAAAUAAUCGACGAGAAAACGACACGUGGUUCGAAAUCAAAAGCUCCCGAAAUAGAUGAAGUUGUGUUAGAUUCCGCUGAAGAGGAAGAGGUCUGUGAAAUAAUUGACAAGACUGAUGAAAGAUCUCGCAGUGACUCGCAGUGCGACGACAUCCGUGUUCUCAAUGACGACCAGGAUCACAAUGAUUACAACUUUUCAUAUGACUGCUACGACCCCACUCGUAACGAAGAAAUAAAUUUGAAUGAAACUCUGGUCCUGCCGGACAGCGACUCAGACACUGAGAAUUAUUUGAACGACGUCGAGCCUCGCAUUGAAACAGAAGCGUUCCCUCUGACAGAGACACUUCUGUUGACUUUCGAAGAAACUUUUUUUCUCAUGUUCGGAUUGGGUUGUCUUCAGCUGGUCGACUAUGAGGGCAAGUUGAUGUCCAUCGCCGAUGCCUGGACGCAUUUCAAUCAAGAUAAAUUAUUCCUGCCUCGGUAUAUCGUUUAUCAUUAUUUCCGCAGCAAGGGCUGGGUAGUUAAGGCUGGAUUAAAAUUUGGCUGUGAUUUUUUACUCUACAAACAAGGACCACCUUUUUAUCACGCAUCUUAUACAGUAAUUGUUGAUACUGCUGAUGCAGAUACGUUACUACGUGAUGAUUCUAGAUGCACACGUAAAAUGAAUUGGAAAAGUUUACUGCAGAUGAACAGAUUAAAUGAAAUAACAGCUAAAGAGUUUUUAAUAGCACAGGUGUUGUGGCCAUCGUCGGUAUCACAAACAAAUCCAGUGCCAUUGGAAUCAAUAUCAGAAUUCACAGUACGUGAAUUAUUAUGGAGAAGAUGGAAGACUAAUGAUAAAGAUGAAUCAUCCAAAGAUGAUGACAGUAGUGAUGAUUCGUCUUAA